CCUGUGAAGAGAACCAAGAAAUCUCUUAGCAACACGAUGACUUCCCGGCAGUCAAAGACCAGUCUGAACAAGGCUCUGGGGUCCAGCAAAGAAGAAGCAGAUGAUGAAUACAUCACGCCGGGGGCCUUUGAGCUGGAGCGGCUCUUUUGGAAGGGCAGUCCCCAAUACACCCAUGUCAACGAGGUCUGGCCCAAACUCUACAUUGGAGAUGAAGCCACAGCACUAGACCGGUACAGCUUGGAGAAAUCUGGCUUCACCCACAUCCUGAACGCUGCCCAUGGCCGAUGGAACGUAGACACUGGCCCAGAGUACUACAGAGACAUGGCUAUUGAGUACCAUGGCGUGGAGGCUGACGACCUCCCCACCUUCAACCUCAGUGAAUUCUUCUACUCAGCUGCGGAGUUUAUUGACGCGGCGCUCCAAAGUGACAGGAAUAAGAUUCUGGUUCACUGUGCUAUGGGCCGAAGUCGCUCAGCUACCCUGGUCUUGGCGUACCUGAUGAUUUACAGGAACAUGACAGUGGUGGAUGCCAUUGAACAAGUUUCCAAGAAUCGCUGUGUUCUGCCCAAUCGUGGGUUUCUCAAACAGCUCCGGGAACUGGACAAACAGCUGCUCCUCCAAAGGCGGAACGCUCAGUCUAAUGAAGAAGAGAACUUGGAAGAGAAAGAAAUCUAAGGCUUGAAAACCUCGACAUACAAAGUUGCCCCAAAAUACUUUGUGCUGAAGAAAAAUAUUUUUAAAGACCCCUCCCCCCACACAUAUAAUACACAAUAGUUCCUUAAAGUUCUUUGGCACGAAGAAGGGGAAACAUGGAUGCAAGCCAUUUUUUCUUGAGAAUAGUUUUGAGCUUUCCAGGGAGUACUAUUGGAACAUAUUAGGGGAUUGUAUAAAACCUAUACUCCCUAAGCUGCUACCCUGUAGGGUCUGGUACUUUGUUUCACAGCAAGAGGAAAAGGAAAAGGUUUUUACAGUGGAAUUGGUUGCACAUGAGCAUGUAGUGCCGGAGUGAAAGAUACAUCAGUCUAUAAUGGGAUGGCGGGAAUGGCUGGAAAACACGUAGACUCUGUGCUACGCUCCAAACUUUGGGCCCUGUCUUGGAAGAAAGACACAUUUUCCUAUGGCUUUAUGGUUUUUUUUUACAACCCAAAUUUUACAGCAACCAAAAAGUUGGGCUUAUGGCAUUUGGGGUGUGUUACAAGAGUGUCACGUUAACACUUCGCCUCCUCUGGGUUGGUCCUAAGUCUCUUUCCCUAACUCUGCUCACAGUUUCGAGUACUGUCCUUCCACCAUCCCACGCUGAGCCGCCCAGGACUGUUCUCAACUGACCCCAACAUGUGUCUCUGCUGACUCUGGGAAGUGACUACCUGAGCAGGCUGACCGUGCGUAUGAUCUGUCUUCCUAAUGCUCAUCUGAUAGGUCUGACACAACCACCCAGACUCACUUAAGCUCUCGACGUUUAGAAAGAACAGACAAGUUUGAAAGGGUCAGAGCAGAACAAAAGCAAGAACGGGCCAGCUGUCAAUUCUUUUUCUUUUUUUUUGGAGAGAUCUUUUCCUAUCCCAUGCACAGAGUCAUAUAAAAUGCUAGACCUGCGAUGGAUCUUUAAAUGUAUGUAGUCGAAUUUUCUCUCUUUACAACUGAGGAAACUGAGGCUCAAGGAAAAGAGUUUGCACAAAGUCAGAUAGCUAACCUGGUGGUAUAAAAAGACUAGAACUUAAAUUUCUAUUUGCUUUUCCCAUUUUUCCAUAUGCCUUUUUAAAAUGUUAAAGUAGCAUUAAAAUUAGGGUUAAAAUUAGUUUCAGGGGCAACUAGGUGGUAUAGUGGCUUGAAGUCAGGAAUCUGGUCUCAGAAACUUA